UCGCUUGGUUUUGUAGAACCACUUGACGAUUUCAUAAAAUCGCAUCGAAUUAUAAAAAAUUUCUGGACAAUUACGUAGAUCAUGAAGUUUUACAUUACAUUAAUGCUAUUUCUUGGCGGAACAUCAUUUGGUAUUCAUUCAGAUUCUCGAUUUAAAAGGGAAACUAGAAAUGUUUCAUGGGAGACAAUUUCUGGUGCAAUUCAAGCUGGAAAUGUGAAUAGAAUAAAGGAAUGGAUUCGAAGUGGUGUAGAUUUUUCCAUUAAAAAUCAGGAUGAAUGGACACCACUGAUUCUUGCAGCUUCUGAAGGUCAAGAUAAAAUAGCCGAACUAUUGAUCACAAACAGUGCAUAUGUCAAUGAAAAAACAAGAUUUGGAUAUACAGCUCUUCAUGUAGCGGUACAAGAGAAUCAUGAAACAACAGUAGACUUAUUGUUGAAGAAUGGAGCCGAUAUAGAUUUGGCAAACAGUGACGGGUGGACCCCAUUGUUCACUGCAUGUUCCAAAGGACUGGAUAAAAUGGCGGAAUUAUUGAUCGGAAAAGGUGCAGAUGUGAACAUCCAAAAUAGAUACGGAUACAAAGCAUUAGAUAUUGCUUUGCAGAAAGGAAAUGAGCGAAUAGCCGAAUUACUAAGAAACGGUGUAGAAAAAUUCGUGAAAAAUGAAAAUUCAGCUUUGAAUCGAAUAGCGCAAAGAGCCUGUGAAAUGUAUUCACAACAACUACGACCGUUUCAUAUCAGUGAUCGUGUUUUGGGUGGUGAAUUAGCUGCAUUUAGCGAAUUUCCCUGGAUGGCCGCUCUGGGGUACAUUGACAAUAGCGACUACGAAGUAACUUUUGAUUGCGGAGGAACAAUUAUAUCUGAGUCAUUCGUUUUGACAGCAGCACAUUGUGUUAGAGGUCGGCAGCCUGUUGUAAUUCGACUGGGGAAACGGGCACUAACAGACAAAGAUGGUAUUAGACCGGUAAAUCGUCAAAUUAAGGAAAUCAUAUCACACCCAAACUAUUCACUUUUAACCAAAAGAAACGAUAUUGCUUUGAUUCGAAUGACAAGAAACAUUACAUUCUCGAGUAAUAUUAUGCCAGCAUGCUUGCAAACGAAUAUGCGUGAUGAACAAAUAAGCGUAAAACUGAUCGUGACAGGGUGGGGUAGCAUUUCGGCUGAAAGAACUGUGAGAUCAACGGACUUGCUCAAGACGCAAUUGAUAUCAAUGCCGUUACUGGAAUGCAAUUCAACUUUUCUGAACUACAGUAAACAGGUGAAUCAUGCAGCUUUUAGAGAUGGACUUAUCGAAGGGCAAUAUUGUGCAUAUGAUCCACAAGGAAAAAACGACAGUUGCCAAGGCGAUAGCGGUGGACCGUUACAAUUUUUUAAUGCCAGCUCAUCAACGGCGACUGUUGUUGGAAUUGUUUCAUUCGGUAUUAGCUGUGGCACACUUCUGCCCGGUAUUUAUACCCGAGUCGCCUAUUAUUUAGACUGGAUUGAACCAUUUGUAUGGCCAAAUCUAUGAAUCAGAUAAAGAGGUUUAUUUUGAAAAAAGAAUAUAAAAAACUGAAUUUUUUAUAUGGCAUCAUUGCUUGUCAUUUGUUGAAUAAAUUUUGGAAAAAGUAGAAUAGACAAACACAGCGCCGUAGCGUGACAAAAAUUUCAGAUGGGGCUCAGCCCCGGCAAUUUUGAAAAAAAAAUCUCAAUUCGAAUAUAUUUUUUUAAUUUUAUUUAAAACUUGAAAUAACAUAAUUAGCCAAUCUAUUCGGAAAACU